AUGAUGAUCUCCACAAACCGUCAGUUCUUGUCGAACAUGCUUUGGCGGCUCCUCGGAUUUCUGAUAUUAGGCGGUUUUAUCGCCAUUUGUUCUUGCGAGCCGGUAAACAGAAAGCUUUUGCCGAAAUCUUCGGAGAUAAUCGAGUGUAUCGAUGAUGACACUAACACGUGUGGAACCAAUGAGACAGUUAAAGCUUUCGAUUCCACAUCCGAUCGCAAAAAUCAAACACGGACCAGCAGAGAACUUACAUUUAGACAAGAAUUCUUAGAUGACAAUAACGAAGCUGAAGUUUCUGCUCGGAAGAGAAAAAGAGGUGGCAGAAUGAUAUUAUAUUUGCUGGCAGCUAUGAAAGCAGCAUUGAUUUAUGGAUUGUUAAAUGGAGUUGCAGCUCUCGCAGGAAAAGCAGUACUGGUUGCCAAAAUAGCUUUAGCAAUUGCUAUUGCUGCAAUUUUGAAAAAACAUGAUCAUGAAAGUGUUUCUUAUGAAGUAGUGAAACAUCCACAUACUAGCUACGUACAGACUCAUAGCUCAAGCGUUGAUUACGAUCACCGUAAUGAUUACGGAGAUGAACGUAGUGAUUAUGUCUAUGAACAUCGAAAGCGACGACGGAUUGUUUGA